AUGAUAGAAUCAACAAUGAAAUCGAGACUUGAUAAGAUCAUUUCAAUCACAUACUUCUCCUCAAAUCCAGAUAAUGUUAGAAUUUCAUCUUCUAACAGUAAUAGCAAGGAGUUUAUGAAGUUACUACCAAGAGAAGAAGGUAGAAACCGGCCUAUCGUUCGAAUGAAUCUGUUUGGAAUCGAUGUUGAUUGUUGCAUGGCAACCAGAAAUCACCCAUUCUUUAUAUUAUGCAAUCAGCAAAACGGAGAGCGAAUGUUACAGAAAAUCCACAACUAUUUCAGCCAAUUUUUCGGAUCAUCUAUUGAGUAUCAUUUAAGAAAUGAUUCCUCGAACUACACGAACUACAUACCAAGACUGAGGAAUAUCAAGAAUAGUGAUCUUUGUUUCUGGAGUAAUGCAACAGCUGCACAACUGUUGAAUGGGUACUUAGCUGUUUCACCCUCGCAGGAAUAUAUUCGAUUGGACGCACAUGGAGGUUUUGAAUAUGAAAGUAAUCUGAAACUGGCUCAGACCAAUGUUCUCGAUAUAUCGAUCCCGGACAGUAGAGCUGGAGUAAUUUUGAAUAAUUUCAAGGGAAGACAUCUGUUUAUGAGUGAGGGAACACUCACUGAUGAUGAUGUCAUUCAGUUUUUGAAUAACUGGAAAUCAAGUCAAGCAAAUCAAAAUUUGGAGUACUUGUGUAUACGUAGCUUUGUGAAAAUCAAUCUAAAUCCACAAAACGUAAUGAGAAAUAUUGACAUCAAACAGUUUUAUCCGUAUCAGAUUCCGGUUUAUCGUUAUGACAGAAGAAGCGGAAGUGAGGAUGAAUGCGACUGGACAAUAGAAGAAUUUAAAAGUCGAAACUUCAUAGUUCGAGAUGCUGAUCAACACGUGGCAUCAUUAAACAUCACAACUCAAGGAAUCCAAUUUGCUUCAUGGAAAAUGACUGAAGAGGAGGUUAUGAGAGGAAAAAUUCAGAAAAUCUUCCAGAGAACUCCAACCCAAAAAACUAAGCCUAUCAGAAACACCAUCAAAAUUUCAAAAAUGCCGUGGCUAGUUCAAAGAUUGAUCUUCUCGAACAUGGAUUUGGUGGAACUGUUGAUGAUGGCUUUUUGCUCUAAGAAAUUUUUUAGAAUUAUAAAGUCUCUGAGUAGAAACCGUCUCGACAAGAUAUUCACGAUCACUUAUGAGUCGAUGCACAAAUCGUGCAUCAAUAUCUCAUCAUCCAGUAGUGGAGACGAUCCAUUUAUGAGUCUCAGGUGGAGACAUGAACUCAGAGGUCGUCCACUUAUCCCAAUGAAACUUGUCGGAAUGGAUUUACAAGUAAGUAUGCCAUCCAUAAAUCAUCCACUUAUGAUACUAUACGAUUCGGAACGUCAAGAAACACUACUUACAUCUAUCCACAAUUACUUCCUUGAUUUAUUCGGCUCAUCCGUCGAAUAUCAGUUGAAUGUUAACACCCUGAUGCCACCAUUUUCAAAACUGAAGAAUAUCAGUAGCACACAUUUAUCCUCUCACAUAAGAGUAACUGAGUUCCACAACUUUCUCACGAUCUCUCCUAAUCAGGAUUUUAUGGCACUAUCUGAGUUUCACAGCGUUUUGCUUGGAAGAAAUUUGGAAUUUGCUAGGACGAAAGUGUUACAUAUUGGUAGUGCAAAUCGCUCGAUUGAUGACAUUUUAUCCAAUUUCGAAGGAAGACAGUUGUUUAUUAACGAUGGAAUUAUCAGCGAUACCGCAAUCAUCCAAUUUAUGAACAAGUGGAGAUCAAAUGAAGGAUAUCAGAAUUUGGAAUAUAUCAGUAUUACUGUCUGUCGAUAUGGACACCCUAUCAAGCCAAACCAAAUAAGGAAUAGUUUUCCUAUUAAUCGCCUGGACUUACCUGAUCAACUGCCAGUUUAUCAAUUCGCUAAGAAAGAUCCCCAUCAAAAACACACUUGGGGAAUUCAUAAGUUCACCAGUCGAAAUUACAUUGUUAGAGAUUCGGACCAACACGUGGCAUCCAUUAUGGUUACGGAGAAUAAUUUCACUUUUGCCGCGUGGAAUAUGACUGAAAAAGAGUUUUUGGAGAAACGCCCCUUCAAGAGAUUCUACUGA